CCCUCCCCCCCCACCACCCAGCGUCGGUCCGGGCGGGCGGCGAGAGCCCUCCCACUCUUCCCCCGCGCCGCCUCACGGCUGCGGCCCUCGCUUCACCCCGACGCCCGGCGUGCGCAUCCUCCCGCCCGGCCGCUCGCUCGCUCGCUCGCUCGCCCGGCCGCCCGCAGGCCCGGGGACCUCCGCCCGCUCGUCCGCCGCCGCUCCGCCGCGGCCCCUGCUCGCGUCCACGCUGCCUCCCGGGCCGGCGCGGCCGCGGGCCACCGCCGCCCCUCCCGCCGCCACCCCGCCCCCUCCCCGCCUGUUCCACCCGCCCGCCGCCGUAGCCGCCGCCGCCGCCGCCGCCGCUCCGGAUGAGGUGAUGGCAACGGCCAACUUCGGCAAGAUCCAGAUCGGGAUUUACGUGGAAAUCAAGCGCAGCGAUGGCCGAAUACACCAAGCAAUGGUAACAUCUUUAAAUGAAGAUAAUGAAAGUGUAACUGUUGAGUGGAUAGAAAAUGGAGAUACAAAAGGCAAAGAGAUUGACUUGGAAAGCAUCUUUUCGCUUAACCCUGACCUUGUACCUGAUGAAGAGAUUGAACCCAGUCCAGAAAUACCUCCACCUUCAUCAUCCUCAAAAGUGAACAAAAUUGUAAAGAACCGACGGACUGUGGCAUCUAUUAAGAAUGACCCUCCCCCAAGAGAUAAUAGAGUGGUUGGUUCAGCACGCGCACGGCCUAGUCAGCUUCCGGAACAGUCGGCUUCUGCACAACAGAAUGGUAGUGUUUCAGAUAUAUCUCCAGUUCAAGCUGCAAAAAAGGAAUUUGGACCUCCUUCUCGUAGGAAAUCGAAUUGUGUUAAGGAAGUAGAAAAAUUGCAAGAAAAACGAGAAAAAAGGAGAUUGCAACAGCAAGAACUUAGAGAAAAGAGAGCCCAGGAUGUUGAUGCUACAAAUCCAAAUUAUGAAAUUAUGUGUAUGAUCAGAGACUUCAGAGGAAGCUUGGAUUAUAGACCCCUAACAACAGCUGAUCCUAUUGAUGAACAUAGGAUAUGUGUUUGUGUAAGGAAACGACCACUCAAUAAAAAAGAAACUCAAAUGAAAGAUCUCGAUGUAAUCACAAUCCCUAGUAAAGAUGUUGUGAUGGUACAUGAACCCAAACAAAAAGUAGACUUAACAAGGUACUUAGAAAAUCAAACAUUUCGUUUUGAUUAUGCCUUUGAUGACUCAGCUCCUAAUGAAAUGGUUUACAGAUUUACUGCUAGACCACUAGUGGAAACAAUAUUUGAAAGGGGAAUGGCUACGUGCUUUGCUUAUGGGCAGACUGGAAGUGGAAAAACUCACACUAUGGGUGGUGACUUUUCAGGAAAGAACCAGGAUUGUUCUAAGGGAAUUUAUGCAUUAGCAGCUCGAGAUGUCUUUUUAAUGCUGAAGAAGCCAAACUAUAAGAAACUAGAACUUCAAGUAUAUGCAACAUUUUUUGAAAUUUAUAGUGGAAAGGUGUUUGACUUAUUAAAUAGGAAAACAAAAUUGAGAGUAUUAGAAGAUGGAAAACAGCAGGUGCAAGUGGUAGGAUUACAGGAACGGGAGGUCAAAUGUGUGGAAGAUGUACUGAAACUCAUUGACAUUGGCAACAGCUGCAGAACGUCCGGUCAAACAUCUGCAAAUGCACAUUCAUCUCGGAGUCAUGCAGUGUUUCAGAUCAUUCUGAGAAGGAAGGGAAAACUCCAUGGCAAAUUCUCUCUCAUUGAUUUGGCUGGAAAUGAAAGAGGAGCUGACACAUCAAGUGCAGAUAGGCAAACCAGGCUGGAAGGUGCUGAAAUUAAUAAAAGCCUUUUAGCACUCAAGGAGUGCAUCAGAGCCUUAGGUAGAAAUAAACCCCAUACUCCUUUCCGAGCAAGUAAACUCACUCAGGUGUUGAGAGAUUCAUUCAUAGGUGAAAAUUCUCGUACUUGCAUGAUUGCCACAAUCUCUCCAGGAAUGGCAUCCUGUGAAAAUACUCUUAAUACGUUAAGAUAUGCAAAUAGAGUAAAGGAGUUUGGAAUUAGUCCUUCAGACAUUCCCUUCUCCCAGGGUAGUGGCAGUCGCCCUGAUCUCUCUCCUUCUUACGAUUAUGACGACUUUUCUCCUUCGAUUACCAGGGUAAAAGAAUUGACUGUAGAUCCAACUGCUGCUGGUGAUGUCCGUCCAAUAAUGCACCAUCCACCAAGCCAGAUUGAUGACUUGGAGACACAGUGGGGUGUGGGGAGUUCCCCCCAGAGAGAUGAUCUAAAACUUCUUUGUGAACAAAAUGAAGAAGAAGUUUCUCCACAACUGUUUACUUUCCACGAAGCUGUCUCCCAGAUGGUAGAAAUGGAAGAACAGGUUGUAGAAGAUCACAGAGCAGUGUUUCAGGAGUCCAUCCGCUGGAUAGAAGAUGAAAAAGCUCUCCUAGAGAUGACUGAAGAAGUAGACUAUGAUGUGGACUCAUAUGCUACACAACUUGAAGCUAUUCUUGAGCAAAAAAUAGACAUUUUAACUGAGCUACGAGAUAAAGUGAAAUCUUUUCGUGCAGCACUACAAGAAGAAGAACAAGCCAGCAAGCAAAUUAACCCCAAGAGACCUCGAGCCCUCUAAAGUUGGUACUUGCUACUAAAGGAUCCCCAGAAUCCCCAAACUGUAACAGAUGGUGGUCCAACUGUAAAGGCCACUUGAACGUUUUUGAAAUUUUACGUGUGUGGAAAAUAUCUUGUCCUUCACCCGAAUGACAUUUCAAUUUUGUGAAACACUCCUUUGUCUACAAAAUGCUUCUAGUCCAAGAGGCACAACUAACAAUUGGGAUUAGUGAAGUAUUUUGUUUCAUUUACCCAAAUAGGGAUUGCUUUUGGAUAUCCUUGCCAAUUUUAUUUAAAGAUUCUGGAAGUAAUCCAGAAGUGGAGAAUAGGGGAAGCCACAAAAUGUCCUUUAACUCAGAUCCAUUUUCGUAGCAAGACUGAGCAAUUUUGAAUACUUUGCGUGCAUGCAUACCUCAUCAGUGAUUGUACAUACCUUGCCUACUCCUAAAGACAGCUGUGCUCACUCCUCCUCUGUGCCUUGACUAAGGCUAUUGACCCUAGAUUUCUGAAGCACAGCCAAGAUAAAGUACAUUCCUUAUUUGUAAUUGUAAAUUACCUUUAUUGUGUGUACAUUUUUACUGUAUUUGAGACAUUUUUUUUGUGUGUGACUAGUUAAUUUUGCAGGAUGUGCCAUAUCAAUUGAACGGAACUAAAGUCUGUGACAGUGGACAUAGCUGCUGGACCAUUCCAUCUUAUAUGUAAAGAAAUCUGGAAUUAUGAUUUUAAUACCAUGACAUGUGAUUAUAAUUUUCUUAGCAUUUUCUUUGUAAAAAACUAAAAUAUAAACUAGUUGGUGUAUAAUAAAAAGUAAAGAAAUUCUGAGAAGAGUUUUAUCUUAGGAUAAUACAUUAUAUAUGCAGUGUGUGCCAGUGGUGUUAACAAGACUAAUAGUGUAAUUUGAACCUUAACAAUGCCAUUAUUUAAGUUGAAGUGUUUAUUAGCACCCCAAAUUUUACGUACUGUUAAAGGAAAUUGGCUUCUGAUGCAUGAACAUUUGUAUGUACAUUGAAAGUAGUCCAUAAUACAAGUUAGAUAACCAAGUGUAGACAGUAUGUAACCCCACGAAGUGUCGAUGCCUUACGAGGCAGGUCAUAGCAAGCUCCAUCAAUAUCUGGUAUGUGAUGGUUUGCCAUUUGGUGAGACUCACAUCUCAUGGAUAGAUUGGUAGUAAGGAAGGCUACUCUUUAAAUGACAGCACUCACUUUUACAGCUGCUGCUCUAAAAAGGAAAACUGGCCAAUUCUCAUGUAAAUAUUGUUUAAAGAUUUAUAUAAAUAUAUAUCUAUAUAUCUCUAGGAGUUUUCCCUCGGUUCCCAGUAUAGUCCAGUAGGUUAACCAAAGAACCUCCCAUGUUUUUCUUGAUUAACUCUAGGGAGCCUACUGAUUCACUCAGUGAGCCAAGGGAAAAUCUAUGAAUAGAGUCAACGAGCCAGAUUCUUUACUUCACUGAUCAUAAAUGAGAGGGUAGCUGUGAGGAAUCCUAACACCGUGGUAAGCUCUGUAAACAAAGUCUAAAUCAAAUGUAGAUUUUUCACAAUAUGCUUAUUAAUAAAUGAAAUCUAUGAAACGAA